AGGAGAAGCAGCUGGAGCUGACUCUGGAGGCACUCAUCAGUCAGGUGGCUGACCUCAAGAACUCCUUGGUCAGUUUUAUCUACAAGCUGGAGAACGAGUACGACCGACUCACGUGGCCGUCAGUUCUGGACAGCUUUGCGUUGCUCUCAGGGCAGCUGAACACCUUGAAUAAAGUGCUAAAGCAUGAGAAGACCCCACUAUUGAGAAACCAGGUUAUCAUACCCCUAGUGCUGUCUCCAGACCGUGAUGAGGAGAUCAUGCGGCAGACAGAGGGACGUGUGCCGGUAUUCAGCCAUGAGGUAGUGCCUGAUCAUCUUCGAACUAAGCCUGACCCGGAGGUGGAGGAGCAGGAGAAGCAGCUGAUCACAGAUGCAGCUCGAAUUAGCCCUGAUGUGGCACAGAAACAGAUCCAAAGUCUGAACAAAAUGUGCUCAAAUCUGCUGGAGAAAAUCAGUAAGGAGGAGCGUGAAUCUGAAAGUGGAGGUUUAAGGCAGAACAAGCAGACUUUCAACCCUGCGGAUACCAAUGCCCUGGUAGCAGCUGUGGCCUUUGGGAAAGGACUGUCAAACCGGAGGCCCCCUGGCUCUGGCGGAUCUGUCCAGUCAGGCCAACCAGGAGCUGGUGCCAUCAUUGCAGGUGCUUCAGGCAUGCAGCAAGUCCCCAUGUCAGGGGCACCAGCUCAGCAGCAACCAAUGCUAGCAGGAGUGCAGAUGGCACAAGCGGGACAGACAGGAAAAAUGCCGAGUGGCAUAAAAACAAACAUCAAAUCUGCCUCAAUGCAUCCGUAUCAGAGAUGAGCUGAGAUGAACCAGACCCAGGGAACAGCAGUUACCAGCAUCGUUCCUUCUGCAGCCACCUGAAUUCCUUCUAGGACUUCCAACACACUAUAUGCAGGGAGAUAAGGGUUGUGAGGCCCUUCCUUGAGCUUUGUUAGUGCUGGGUGGCUUGUGGGGAGCUGCUAGCGGCCGUGUCUCCCAGACACAGGUACUUCUCUGUUCAGUCAGAGCAGAGGACUUUGCUUCUGAUAUUGAUCCUAUCUUCUUCAGAUCUGGCCUGGAGAACAACUACUCUUCCCUGAUACAGAACCUGAAGAGCUGCAUGGGGCCUUCUGCUCCGUGUUUCUGCUUGUUCACUUAGGCUGUUCUCUUUUUACUCUCUCUUGUUGAAUAAAGACUUCGUUAUGCA